CUAGAGUUCUCCCGGUUCUCCCUCUGGUUCAGCAGCUCCGCUCGGCUCUGUUGGCGCUGUCUGUGUUUACCUCCCAGCCCAGCGCUGCUGUACAGUGGCCAGCUGGACACAAACAACCAUCCUCAGCCUCACCUAGCCCGAACAAUACUAAUGUAAGCUGCCUCGCUUUUAAUCCUUCGCGGAUUUCCUGCAGCGCUGUGUGUACGUGACACCGUAGCAAAGUUGAGAUGAAUAAGGAGGUCAUGUCACGCGUGGUGAAGAAGAGGCAGGCGGACCCCAAGGUGGUCCAGUAUGUGUGGGCGGCCAUCGAGGUCGUCCGCAACCAGAAACAAAUUGCAAACAUGGACAGGAUCUCCAAGUACCUGAGCCGUGUGUUUGGCAUGCACCCUAAGGAGACUGCCAGACAGCUGAGCUUGGCCGUGAAGGACGGCCUGGUGGUGGAGACCCUGACUGUCGGCUGCAAGGGCUCCAAGGCCGGCAUCGAGCAGGAAGGCUACUGGCUGCCCGGGGACGAGAUGGAGCCGAAAGCUGAGGGAAGCAAGGAGUGGGAGGCAGAGAGCCACGACUGGUACUGCUUCGAGUGUCACCUACCGGGCGACGUCCUCGCAUGUGACAACUGCUUCCGGGUUUACCACCUCAAAUGUCUUUCGGACGAGUUCAAGCCCAGAGACGGAGGAUCUCACUGGCAGUGUGUCGCCUGCAGGGGCAGUAAAAAGAAGAACCUGAACAAACAGGAGAUGAGUAAAUACCUGCGCUUCAUCGUCCAGCGUAUGAAGGAGAGGGCAGUGGACCUGCACAAGAAAGGCAAAGACACUAAACAUCCUAUGUACAAAAGGCUGAUCCACACUGCGCUGGAAGUCUCAAACAUCCAGGAGAACCUGUCUGAAGGAAAGUAUAAAAGCUUCGAGGAGUUCAAAGCAGACGCUCAGCUGAUUGUUCACAACACUUCCAUCUUGUAUGGAGUUCACAGCGACCAGGCGGAGAUCGCACGGCUGCUCUUCAGCGACACAUGCCAUGAGUUAAAUGAGUUGUUGUUGUGUAAGAACUGUUUCUACCUGUCGAACGCCCGGCCAGACAACUGGUUCUGUUACCCCUGCAGCCCCAACCACGACCUGGUGUGGGCCAAGAUGAAAGGAUUCGGCUACUGGCCGGCCAAAGUCCUUCAGAGGGAUGAAAACCAGGUGGACGUACGCUUCUUUGGCCACCAGCACCAGAGAGCGUGGAUCCCCUCGGACAACAUCCAGGACAUCAAGGUGAGUGUCCAGCAGCUGCAGGUGAAGCGCAGCAACGGCUGGAAGAAGGCGUGCGAGGAGCUUGAGGUCUACCAGCGCUUCCUGAGGGAGGGCCGCUUCUGGAAAACAAAGAUGGAGGAAGGCACCAUGCAGUCACACCAGCAACUGCAGCAGAGCCAGAGCCAGAGCCAGAGCCAGAACCAGAACCAGAGCCAGAACCAGAACCAGAGCCAGAGCCAGCCACAGUCACAGGAGGGCAGCGGGAGGACGGACAGGCUGGACCGGACAGACGAAGCAGAGUCCAGCAUCUCCUCCACCAGCAACGAGCAGGUCCGACAUCUCAAAAGCAGCCUGGAGCCCAAGGCCAAGAAAAGUCGUCGGACUCAAAUAGUCGAACCCAAAGAAGAAGCCAGCUCUGUGCUUCACUGCUCGUCUCUUCACCAGGACCCGGAGCCCGAGAUGGAGGCGGUCAGCUCCAGCCAGGAGAUCCCCGUGUCCUCGGCGCCCCAGCAGCCCGAGAAGCUGUCGGUGUCCACGCAGACCAAGAAGGCCAGCGGCGGGUCGCCUCGCACGCUCCACCGCGGCACCCAGACCAACAGCGACGGCGCCUGCCAGAACAUGUGCCACGAGAAGUACACCAAGGUCUUCAACGACGUCAAGGAGAUGAUGAAGGCCGACAACAAGCGGGAGACGGAGAGGGUCGUCCGAGAGGCUCUGGAGAAGCUCCGCACGGAGAUGGAGGAGGAGAAGCGCCAGGCGGUGAGUAAGGCGGUGGCCGGAGCUCAGACGGAGAUGGAGCGGAAGUGUAAACAGGUGAAGGAGAAGUGUAAAGAGGAGCUGGUGGAGGAGGUGAAGAAGGUGGUGGGCCAACACAAACAGCUCAUCUCCCAGACCAAGAAGAAGCAGUGGUGUUACAACUGCGAGGAGGAGGCCAUGUACCACUGCUGCUGGAACACUUCGUACUGCUCCAUCAAGUGUCAGCAGGAGCACUGGCACGCUGACCACAAACGGACCUGCCGCAGGAAGAGAUGAACAAGCCCCGCCCCCCCUCCUUUCCCCACCCUGUCCCUUCUGAACUCACACAGCACGCCAUUGGCUCUCGCCUUGUCCUCUUCCUGUCAGUCAGUGUCUACAACACACACACACACACACACACACACACACACACACACACACACACAACACACAACACCUCUCUCCUGCUUCUCUUAUUGCCUUCCUGAAAACUUUGUGGACCCGAUGUUUUCUGCGUGAAAAGAGCAAUUUGUUCCCUUUUUUAGUUUUUAAAUUUUUCUAUUAUUUAACAUUGUAUUGAUUUUUAUUUUUUUUUCUUUCUAUCUUGUGUUCUGUCCCUCUGAAUCGCGAACAGAUUGCUCGAGAGCAAUAGCUCGAAUGCCGAGUCAUGGUAUGGAUUUUUGGGUUGGUUUCUUAUUCAGAUUUCUUUUUUUUGUUGUUGUUUUUUCUUUCUUUACUGAAGUGCUAAUUUUUUGAGCUUGCCUCCGAGAAUGUGUUAUUUAAGUGCGUAGUAAACAGAUGCGCGAUUGACCGAGAACAUUUUAUUACCUGAAUUUUUAAAUAAAAUCACUUUUCGUACUGUAAAUGCAAACCAAUACACACUGUCGAUCUUACAAGAAAACUGAAAACGCACCGUAAGUCCUAUCGCAGCAUCCGAAGAGCUCCGCUUCCUUAGAGAAAACCUAUUUCGAAGAAAAAAAAUUU